GUUCACAGUCAGUGAGCAUGCAGCAGCAUUACAAAAUGUGACUGGCUUAUUAUUUCUUCAGAACAAAUGAACGACCAGUUGGUUUAGUGACACAUAUUAAACUAUUGUGUUCAGUAUUUUAAAAUUCUUCGAAGGCAUUCUGUGUCAGGAAAUCAAUUGGAUUGUAUCAAGUUGGAAAAUGGUCUGGUUCAAAUUCUAUCCAUCUCAAUUACCCAUAUUCGCAGCGUGUUAUGCAUUGUUCUUGUUACCCAUAGGGUAUCUUGUGGUGAUAUCGAACGAUCAUGCACAACCAUUUGUUCCAUUUUUGAGUUCUCUUGGUAUACACCCACCAGAAAAAUACUUGUUUACGAUUAUCAUGAGUUUAUAUGGAUUAAUGUCAACUAUCAGUCAAUGGUUUUGGUUAUCUAUGGUGAGUAAGAAAUUUAAAAAAGGAAUACAUUUGGGAAUCGGUCAAUACAUCUGCAAAUUUAUUGCACUGCUCUAUACCAUAUCAGGAAUUUGCAUUGUUCUGCUGUCUAUCUUUAAUAUGAAAGAUGCCAAUCGCUUACACUAUUGUUUAACUAUGGUCAACUUUUUUUGCCAAGCAACUGCGAUGCUAUUGGGUUCAGCACUUGUCUUUUGGGUUUAUCGUCCGAUGAAAUCGUUUCUGAUUGCUAGAAUUAUUGUCAUACUUCAGUUAUUUCUCGGAUCAUAUUUCUUUGUUUAUUUCAAUCGCGCUGCACUGUUAGUGUUUGUUGGGGAGAACAUCUACUACACAAAGGAACAUGAACCGUGAGGAUUAUCAAAUCAUAUUGGUUACCUCAAAAAUGGAACAAAUGGUUGUGCAUGAUCGUUCGAUAUCACCACAAGAUACCUGAUAAGAAAAAGAGUAAAGUUAUGAGAGAGUGUAUCAUAUUUUCAACUGUCUGUUUAUGAAAUACAUCUGUAUAUUCACG